AUGGCUAGUACACAAACCUCAGUCGUGGUAGGUACACAGACAUCGGUCGUGGUAGAAGGGACGAAGGGGCGCUUGUCUAUACCAGACAAGCUCUUGGGUGGAUUGGAUCCUGAAUGGGUAGAACUAUGGGAAAAGCACGGCAGCUCCAUGGUGAGAGCCGACGAGCUAUCUCUUGAGGAAUAUCGCAAAAGUCCCGCCACGUAUAGCUUCACCUACCCAACAUGCCCUGGUCCGUCCGUUUUCCGUGUUGAGGACAUAGAGAUCCCAGUCUCUCAACCAGCUGGAAAGAUCAUGAUCAGGGUAUAUACGCCAAAAGGAUCUGGUCCAUUCCCCGUUCAUUUGAACUUCCAUGGAGGGGGAUGGGUCCUUGGCAAUCUCAAGUCUGAAGCUGCUUGGUGCCGGCACAUGUGCAACAAAGCGCAAAUUAAAGUGAUUGAUGUAGACUACCGACUGGCUCCGGAAUUUCCAUAUCCUACCAGCAUCUACGACUCAUGGGAUGCUGUGAAAUGGACAAUAACCAAUGCCUCUAAGCUCAAUGUUGAUCCCUCGAGUGUUUCUAUCGGAGGUCUCUCGGCUGGAGGUCAAAUGACUGCAGUGAUGGCGCAUUUCGCCCGUGACGAGGGCAUUGAGCUAAAACUUCAGUUAAUGAUAGUUCCGGCGACAGAUAUGCGCUACUGUCUAAGAACACGCGAGCUGAAUGAGUCUACUUGUCCCUACAAAAGUGUCUUGCUAUUCCAUGAUUCUCCUUGGGGACCAUUAGGCAGAGAGCAAUGGUUCCUGAAGUAUUGGCUUGGCGACGAUGACGCUACCCAAGAAAAAAUCUUGACAAAAGAGUGGAUAUGCACGCCUGUCCUUGCUCCUUCAUUCAAAGGCCUUGCAAAAGCACACAUCAUCACAGCAGAAUUUGAUCUUGAGCGUGAUGAAGGAGAGUACUAUGGUCAGCUUAUGCAAGAGGCUGGAAAUGAUGUCACAAUGAAGAGAUACCCCGGCGUGCCACAUGCAUUCGGGCACUUCAAUCACCCCGAAAGGGGGCUCUCACAAAGCUUUGUGUAUAUCGAAGACACUAGUCAGAUGCUUCGGCAAGUGCACUACGGCAAGAGUGAAUAG